AUGGCACCCCCGGAAGACAUCUUUGUGCGAGCCGAACGCGGCAUCCAAGGGGCACUUUCACACCUACCGAUGUGGAUGAGUCGCUUCCUAGGAUAUCGCGGCAAGCCCGCUGCUCCCUCCCCAAAUAUGAUAGUAUGCAUAUACGGUUUCAUCGGAGCUUUUGGUGGCCUUGGUAUCAUCCUCGCCAUAUUCACCGAGUCGCACUAUUUUACAAGCCGCCACGUGCCAGCUAUAGUCGCCUCUUACGGAGCAUCUGCUAUUCUUUGCUAUGGUGCAAUCGAUGCGCCGCUCGCACAACCUCGUUCUCUGAUCUUCGGUCACUUCUUCAGCGGCCUUGUUGGGGUCAUCAUCAAGGUCAUCUUCAAUUACAACUUCCCAGAGGAUGGCGAGGGGUUUCCGCGUCUCAUGUGGCUCGCAGCAUGUCUAGCGACAUCUAUCGCUCUUGUCGUUAUGCAUUUGACCAAGACGACUCAUCCGCCUGCUGGAGCUACUGCGCUUCUCCCGUGUGUCGACAGGAACAUUCAUGCUCUGGGCUGGUACUUUCUACCGGUGUUGUUACUAUCUUCGUUCUUGAUUCUCGUGAGCGCUCUGCUUGUCAACAACAUUCAGCGACAGUAUCCCAAAUUUUGGAUUGCCCCCAUUCCUCCUUCGCCACCCGCUCAACCCAAGUACCAACAAAGCAGCCCCCCAGAUCCUGAAAAGGCCGAGUUCAGCGAGACACCUAGAUCGCCUACGCUUCCAGUAAGCGAGUCCCACGAAUCAAAGGAUACGCAAUGA